AUGUCAUCGCCAGCAUCUUCUCCAGCACCAAGCCUUCCUAAGCGAAACCCCCGAAAGGCCGCGCCUCGGGGUAAGUGGAGCGAGGAGCUGCUAUUGACGAGCGACAAGUCCGUCCUUAUCGAUGCUGACCUAGUGAAGCUCCUGGCAAGACCCGAAGCGUGGGAUAUUCUUGAAGAAGACGAGAAACGCGAGAUUCUAGCUCUCCUCCCCGCAGAUACCCACCCAGCUUCAGAGCUUCCACCCGACAGCCCCAGCGCGAAGAUCCCCCCACUCCCGGAAUCUUUUGUCAGAUACUCCAAUAACUGGCGCGAUGGCAUUCGUCAAUUUCAAGUCGAUCUCCAGAAUGGCCAUUUUGACCCAGAAUGGCUUCGCGAGGCUGAGAAUGCGCGACGGAAGCGAGAGAAGGGCGACUUCGACUCCUUCAAGGAGCGUGAAUUCGAGAAGUUCUGGGGACAGAAGCAGAGGACCGGCGAUAGUGUGAUGUCGGGAGAAAGCUCAAAGGUCAAGCUGACACAGCUUAUCGAGGCGGGGGUCUUUUUGGUAGGCGAUGUCUGGCGGUUUUGCUACGUUUAUGGCAAAGGACCAGACCGCGUGAUCAUCGAUAAAGAGACCAGGAUACACGAAAUCAACGACCGAAAGCUUUCGUUCAUUAUCCCGACCGGACAGCGGGUCUUUUUACGCUCGCAUGCUGUCACCGCAGAACCAAAGAAAGAGGCUUAUCAGGAUAAUGACUAUGACAUGGAAAAAUCUCCCAAGAACGAAGUAAUAAUGACCGAGGCGUCUGAACCAGAGCCUCUGAAAGAAGAUCCCCCCACGAACAAUAAGUUGGAGAAAAUGGAGCUCCAGCCCAUGGAAGGUGUCCACGAAACGUACCAAAGCCCGAAACUGGAAGACACUGGAGCAGAAACAAAGCAAGAGGAUUUUGUCAAUGGCGAGGCACUAAAAGAACCAGACGACACGCAAGCAAAACCUCACAAUGAGAAUGGAACGGUCCAAGUUGUGAUCGUUAGUCCACGGCAAGAUCCAAGUGAUUCCGAGAAGGGAUUCAAACGACCGACACCCCUUCCUGCCGCGGAGCCUCCAGCGAAACGAAAGCGUGGGCGUCCUCGGAAGAUACGACCUCCCUCACCCGCCCCCGAGGCUGAACCCGAGGCGGAAGCCAUACUUGAACCCGAACCAGAGCUCAAGCUUCAGCAAGAGUCCGGAGUUCAGGUCGUUAUCGGUGAUAUUGCAACCCAACGAACAGAGCAGCUCUUGCAAAUUACUCUUUCUGGACCAAGUCCUGUAACAAGACCCUUAUCUUCCUCAAACCACGAUGCCAUGGACUUGGUCGAGCAGAAAUAUGAAAGGAAAGGACCAAUGUCAUCGCCACUGUCACCAGCACAGUCAAUUUUAAUAUCGUCACCACUACCUGAACAACCUAAAGAGCUCAUUGAUGAUUCCACCGAAGAGCGCCGUGAAGAACAUACCAUAGUGCCCAGUGAGAAGCUCAUCGAACGGCCCAGCGAAGAACCAACAAACGAGCAUGCCGAACAGCCCAUGCAUGAGCCUACAAAGGAGGUCAUUGAAGAAUGCACCGAGGAACUCGCCGAAGAGCACAACGCAGAGCACACCGAAGCGCCUGCUGAAGAGCCUACACAACCUCCGUCUGAAGUGCAGACUGCCGCUGAUGGGCCAGACGAGAUUAUCGUACCUGAAAUCUCAUCGCCGAUGGUCCUGGUCCGCGAGAUACUCCAGAUCGAUGGCCGCAGACCAGAUGGCCGCACUGCCAAUUCAUGGAAAGAGAUCCGAUGCUAUCGCAAGAAUCAGGAUAUGGGUAGUCUCUUCGACGUGAGACAAGCUUGGUACCUCAAGCAGAAAUGA